UCAACAGCCGAGGAGGGGCGCUGACCGUGGUACUGAACGAGCCUCGCUUUUAGAGUUGAGUACAGGACACGAGACACCCGUGCAUCACUCGCCUCACUAUCCUUGAUCUCCACAUUUCUCUGACCCACUUCCCUUUUAAUCACAUCACCCGUGAAACCUGAGAGCCGUUAUGCUGAAUUAACGGACGCUCGACGGGCGGGAUGGAUUCGGUGCGCGCGCUGCUCCUCGCGGUUGUGUUUCUCCACGCGCUUGCCGUUACCAUCGCAGACAGGAAAUUCGGCUGCCUGUUUGAGGGUGAUGUAUGCGAGUCAGAUGAAAUCUGCAUCAAUGAUGGGGUGUUUGGGCGAUGCCGGGGAUAUUCAGGGACUGCUUCUUAUACAUAUGCUGUCUCUCCAGCAUCUCUGCAACGUUUGAGGAACCUUCUCCAGAAACUGGCCCACAGAGGAUAUACUUGGCAGGAUGACACAACUCAGGAGGUGAUAUCAAAAGAGCUUUCACAGCUACCUAAGGUUCCCUUUGGAAGAUUUAAAAACACCCCUUCCCAUUUCACUGGCAACUCUCCUAGAACGGACCUUUCAGAUGGUGAUAGGAAGCCUAAAGUUCAAAAUGAAGAACUCAGCAGGACACUACAGAGGUACCUACAGAAUCUGGGCUUCCAGCGUAGCGAUGGGGUCUCUUUCAAGCAGAGCCCUCAAGGGCAACAAGUCCUUUGGAAGUACAGGGAAAAUGCACCUCCCAAUCAUAAGGGUUUUAUUCAGCUCAAAGAGAAACCUCUUCCACCCCACAUCUCUUUCCCACAAACUCGACCUGAUCUCCAGGCGAUUGUGGAACAGCUUCCCGCGGGUCGAUCAUCCCUCACUGGUUUUGAACAAGAUCGCACUGGAGUCGCUCUCGCUGAGCUUCAGCAGUAUCAAGCUGGGUCCAUGAGAGCGCAAGAUUUUGAAAAAGGUCAAACACAGGGAAAACAGCGCUAUUUUAGCCUUCAGCGCGCUCCCGCUUCCAAAAUAGUAAAAGAGCCAGGAGCUUCCAGACAACCUCCAAAGCCAAGAAUCGAAAAACUGCUUUUUAAAUCUGGAACAAGUAGCACUGCUCCCAAGAAUGCCCUCAGUUCUGUAGAUGAAAAGUUCAUUGAUAGAGUUGUUAACCAGCUUGGACGCCAGAGUGUCAAUGUGGAUGCUUUGUCCACAAACGACCUGGACCAGCUCUCUACAGUCAUCACCCAGGCCCUGCAGGUGGUGGAUGGAGGGGAAGGGGUGAAAGAUAGAGAGGUCACACAGAAUAAGAGGCCAGAUGAUAAAGUAAAGGACAAGUGGGAACCUGGUGAUCAAUCACAUCAGAUGCACAAAGCUGAAAACAACACACCAAGAGAAACACAAACUAAAGAAGGUAUCCACAAAUCUGAUGGCAAGGACAAAGGUUUUAUUAGCCAGCUGCUGGAAUUUCUGGAUCACAACUCUGGCCGUGAAUCUGCUGGUCCCUCCCAAGCUAAAGAGCCUUUUCUGGGUUACGUUGACCAGCCAAAUGCUGGAAGCCCGGUGAGAGCUAGUUUGGAGAACGUCCAAAGCCGGACAACACAAACAGAAUUGGACCUGAUGAAGACGAAAAUGGAACCUGACACUUUGGAUCUGGACCCACAGGUAGACAAUGAAGUAGAACAGUGGAUCCACAGUUCAAAAGGCUCUCUGGAAACGAAACCACAAAAACUGUCCAUGGAUAAAGAGGAGGUCCAAAAGAAGGGUGUGAGACUAGAAGUGAACAUCGCAGCAUAUACAAGUCCACACGACGGAGACUUUGGCUAUAUUAUCACUGAAGGUUCUCUGUCCACAGAUCAGGGUCUGAACCUUAUGGAGCUCUUAGCUGAGAGAGUCAACCUUCAUGUAACGGAUUUUCUACAGCUCUCGGUUCUGGGUCCAGCUGUAACUUUUCGAGUGCGUCCCAAUGCGCGAAACAUCAGCACGGCCCAGCUAGUCAGAGUGGCAGUUGAGCAGAAAGGACCGCUGGAGAAGGAGAGCGGCAUACAGAUUCUUCAGGCUGGACUGAGUGAUAGAGGCAAGCUGAGCCAAAUUCCUGUUGUCAAAAACAGUCAAGUGGAGCCAAGCAACUUUUUGAUUCUGGUGGUGGUCUCCAUGGUUUUUAUUGUCAUGGUAUUGGGGAUGUCUGGGGCGCUGUACUGCUUGCGCCAUCGCUCCCACCAUAAGCUGAAGGAGAAGCUUGCCGGGUUGGGAAGUGACACAGGCCACGAUGCCACAACAACCUAUCAGGAUCUCUGUCGUCAGCGCAUGGCAAUGCAGACAUCAGAGCGGGGAGAGCGUUCAGAGGUCUUCCACCCAUCGCACACGUCACGCAUUAACAGUGUGUCUUCACAGUUUAGUGAUGGACCAAUGCAGAGUCCAUCUGCCCGCAGCAGUACAUCUUCCUGGAGUGAGGAGCCCUCACAAACCAACAUGGACAUCUCCACUGGACACAUGAUACUGUCGUACAUGGAGGAUCACCUGCAGAAUAAAGAUCGUCUGGAUAAGGAGUGGGAGGCUCUCUGUAGUUACCAGGCUGAGCCAGCAGCAUGUGUAGUGGGUCAGCAGGAACACAACGUCCAGCGCAAUCGCCCACACGGCGUCCUUGUUUAUGAUCACUCCAGAGUCAUCCUGAAGCAAGAGAAUAACCAAUCCAGAUCUGAUUACAUCAACGCCAGCCCCAUUAUGGACCAUGACCCCCGAAACCCAGCCUAUAUCUGCGCUCAAGGUCCUCUUGCCCCCACUGUGGCAGACUUCUGGCAGAUGGUUUGGGAGAGCGGCUGUGUGGUGAUUGUCAUGUUAACACCUCUUACCGAAAAUGGCAUCAAACAGUGCCAUCAGUACUGGCCAGAUGAAGGCUCUGAUCUCUACCAUAUAUACGAGGUAAAUCUGGUCUCUGAGCAUAUCUGGUGCGAUGAUUUUCUGGUGCGCAGUUUCUACCUGAAGAACGUCCAGACUAAUGAGACUCGCACAGUUACUCAGUUCCACUUCUUGUCAUGGAUGGACCAAAAUGUUCCAGAGUCCGCAAGAACCCUGUUGGACUUCCGCAGAAAGGUUAACAAGUGCUACCGGGGCAGGUCUUGUCCGAUAAUUGUUCAUUGCAGUGAUGGUGCUGGAAGAAGUGGAACGUACAUUCUGAUUGAUAUGGUUCUAAAUAAAAUGGCCAAAGGUGCGAAGGAGAUUGAUAUUGCUGCUACCCUGGAGCACCUAAGGGACCAGAGAUCAGGCAUGGUACAGACUAAGGAACAGUUUGAGUUUGCAUUGACUGCUGUAGCAGAAGAGGUGAACGCCAUUCUCAAAGCUCUUCCUCAGUGAAGGAUAAGAUUCACAAACACUUCCAACAUCUUUUCCUUAUACCUUUUCUGUGUAAUGUGAUUUUCUCUUAUCUUUGCAAGAAACAGAGAAAUAAUGUCGCUUGAAAUGAAACGAAACUAUGAAAAUUGACCAAAUGUAUAAAUCGAAAUUCUGAUUUAUUGUAAUGCGAAAGACAUUUACUUGUCCUAAGUGUGUGUGCAAUGAUUAAGCCUUGAAAUUAUUGUUGUUUAGAAGAGCUAGCCAACUAGACAUGCAAUCAUAGGUUGUAUUUCCUGCUCGGAUUGGUGUUUACACUAGUUGUGCAUAUAAACAUCUCAGAUAUAUGUGUUGUGUAGGACAGAUGUGACGUAUGACACUGUAUUUGAUCCUCUGCAGUUAGCAUAAAAUUUAUUUAAUGGAUUGUGAUGAGCAAUAUAAAUGCGAUGAUGAGAAAACUAUUUUGCAGUUCUAACAAUUGUGAUCUCUAAUGGAAUCAACAUUCUUCGUUGUGAUAUACUGUGUUUCUUGACUUAUAAACAGAUUAUAUUAUAUAUAGAUAAACUGAUUACCAAUGUGAUUAAGAAUGGUCUGCCAAAAUGUAAUUGUAUAUAUUAUUUUUGUGUGAACAAUAUAAAGUAACAUCAUAAAUCUCAAAA